AUGUUUACUCAAGCAGAAUUGUUCGGAUUCAUCGGUAUAUUGCAAAUCACUACCGAAUUUCUGGUGAUGAAGUGUGGAUGUACGAACUCGAGAUACGGCGAUACAUCGGGAAAGCUCAAGAUAUAUUUUGAUGGAAGGAUAGAAAUCAACUGCACAUGCGAUGAAAAUUGUUCGAAAGUCAACGUGUCACCGAUCGAAUUUGCAAGGCAUGCCCUAAGAACCAACUCAGACAAAUACUGGAAAAGCCAAAUUUGGGUAUUUGGUCGAGAUGGUUCGAAAGUCCAGCUCGUGAAAACUUGCUUGUUGAAGUUUUUUAAAGACACGUAUCAGAGGCCAAUACGCCAAGCAGCUCAUCGAGAUGAAUUUGUGCGCUGCUCUUUAUGCCGUAAAGAGCGCAGAUUUACCAACCGCACAAGAGACGACUCUAGGAAUUACCAUAGAGCGCUUGCAUCUGAUAACUGGAAAUGCUCAGAUAUGCCAAACCAAGAAUUAUCUUGUGAUGAUGCUGAGGAGAGGGAAAGCCGAAAAGCAGUCAGAGGUUGUCCGAAGAAUCCAAAAUGUACCGGUUGCACAAAGUGCGUGUGUAACGGUUGUGACAUGUGCCGGUUCGAUGAUUGUGAUUGCCAGGAGUGCACCAGUUUUAUUUUAAACAUGUAA